AUGCAUAACGUUCAGGCCAUUUGUAAAGCUAGUUUCCUGUGCCCAAGUCGAGUUCUGCAGGAGAAUGACAUUACGCUUGCGCCCUUCCUGCACCGUGAAGAUAUAAAUAACGCGUGCCCCUUUGUUUCAUACAACACACAAGAAUACAAAUCCAGAAAUCUCUAUCGCUGUACCAAUUUAAAAACUGCAACUUGUGCACCGAAGGAACAACCUAAAGUAGAAAAUAAUUAUAAUGCCCUUUAUGAAAUAAACAGGUAGGAGAAUUAUUUAAGUAGGCUAUUGGCCUCAAAUGUUGGGUCGGAUCUUAUUCCCCCCCGACCCCCCCCCCCCAGAGCAGCAGAACUAGCAGCCCUGGAGGAUCUGCGCUUAAGCGUUUAAGUGAGUUACAUUUCCAUAUCUCCUAGUACUGUGGGUGGAAGCUUAACCCUGGAGGAGGUCAGAGUAAAACAACAACAAGAGAUGCAAAUCAGGAGACACAAACAGGUAAGACCAGAAUGA